AUGUUUCCUCCGUUCGAUUAUUUCACAUAUCGUCGCAUCCGCGACUCGAAGAGACAAGCACGGGCGAACCGUAUUGCCUCGCUUCCGCCAGGCUACCAUGCCCCAUUCACAGCUUUUGACAAGUCGGUGAUCAACAAAUCAAUCGAGGAACUGGUGCAAGAUGUCCAGGCCGAUUCGGUUUCUGCCGUCGAUGUUCUCCGCACGUACGGCAAGGUCGCUAUCAAGGCUCACGAGAAGACUAACUGUGUAACGGAACUUCUUGUUCCGGAAGCGGAGAAGUGGGCAGAGGAGGAGGUGAAUCUGGAGGGGCCGUUGGCUGGUGUGCCUGUUUCUUUGAAGGAUACGGUUAUGGUUAAAGGAUUUGAGACCUCGGUUGGGUAUACUAAGUUCUGUGGGCAGCCGGAGAAGGAGGAUGGUGCUAUGAUUAAGUUGCUUAAGGAUGCGGGCGCCGUUCCUUACGCGAAAACCGCACUGCCGGCAACCCUUCUGUCAUUUGAGUCUGCGAACGCUCUCUGGGGAACUUGCAAGAACCCUCACGUUCCCGCAUAUAGCCCAGGAGGCUCUACCGGUGGAGAGGCGGCUUUACUCGCCCUGGGAGGUCGCAUCGGUAUCGGUACUGAUGUUGCUGGCUCCGUCCGUGUCCCUGCUGCUUGGAGUGGUAUCUAUUCCCUGCGUUGCAGUACUGGUCGCUGGCCCAAGUCCGGUGGUAGGACGAGUAUGCCGGGACAGGAAGGAGUCCCUGCUGUUUAUAGUCCUAUGGCACGCACGUUGAAUGAUCUGGCAUACUUUGCGCGGUCCAUAAUUGGGUUGCAGCCGUGGAAGUAUGACUACACAGUCCAUCCGAUUGCCUGGAGAGACGAAGAAGAGAAUGAAGCCAGAAGUAAGAAGCUGCGCAUUGGUGUGAUGUCGAACGAUGGUGUCGUUCCCCCAAGCCCAGCAAUUGAGCGCACCCUCUCGACCACUAUCGCCGCUCUCACCGCAGCUGGUCACACGGUUGUUGAGAUCACACCACCUGAGACUGCUGACACAUUUACCGGCUUCAACCUCGCUUCCCAGCUGCUCAACUCUGACGGCUGUGCCACAUUCAACUCCUUUUUCCACAGCUUCGAGCCUUCCGAUCCAGGUGCUGACCAACUAUCCCGAAUUGCCAACCUCCCCCGUGCCCUCCGUUAUCUAUACUACCUCUACGUCCGGUACAUCAAGCGCGACGUGAAAUGGGCCACCUUGAUUCAAUCCUUCAGUCCAAAGUCCGCUGCGGAGAAUUGGAAGCUUGUCUACCAGCGUGAAACGUACCGUGCCACCUGGCACGCCUGGUGGGAUGCCGAACCUCAGCAAUACGAUUUCAUCCUAUGCCCCGCCAACGCUACUCCGGCACUUCCUCACAGGGCUAUGCGCGAUGCCGUUUCGUCGUGUGGCUAUACUUUCCUCUGGAACUUACUUGAUUACUCCGCGGGCGUAAUCCCAGUAUCCCACGUGGAUGCCGUGAAAGACGCCCUUGUCGCUCCGUACAAGACGAUACUAAAGCGCCUCGGAUCUAACCAUGCUAUUGCGCAGGGUGCAUGGAUGCACUACGAUGCGGCCAAGAUGGCGGGUCUCCCUACUGCAGUCCAGAUUGUUGGGAGAAGAUGGCAGGAAGAGAAGGUGUUGGGAUACAUGGCUGCGGUGGAGCAGGCAUUGGAGGAGUACCGUGAUCCCCAAACCGGAGAAGGCGGGAAAUAUACCUUGCUUGAGAUUGAUUGA